UGCGUCCAAUAAGUCAAAACCAGAAUGGACGAGUAUAAACUCCGCGUCACAGCGCGGUGAUCGGUGAAUCCAACACACUGGGGGACGUCAAUAAAUGAUGACCACUCUGCGGCAGCCUGGAGAGUUCAUUGAAGUUGCAAAUCUUUAUCGUCCCUCCUUCUAUUCUUCUGUUCACCUUCACCGCUGUUAACCGGUUGAAUUACAUCUCUGGUUUUUCUUUAUCAUUUCUUCCCGUUCGGUUUUCAGUGCUGCGACACUGGGGGAAAUUGUUUUUGUAUAUAUCUUGGAUUUUUCAUUGUUUGGAAGAUUUCUAAGUGAAAAAUACUAGCAAUCGGAUUGGGGUUUAGUUGUACAUGUGUUGAGUGCAUAUAUAUAGAGAAAAGGCGGAGUGGGGAAGCGAGAUGGCGAUAUCGGACAACGCGAGAGGGCUAAUUCUGGCAGUCUUAUCGAGCUUGUUUAUUGGAACGAGUUUUAUCUUGAAGAAGAAAGGUCUGAGACGUGCUGCAGCUGCCGGUACUCGCGCAGGUGUUGGAGGUUAUACUUAUUUGUCAGAACCACUUUGGUGGGUUGGCAUGAUUACAAUGAUUGUUGGAGAGGGAGCAAAUUUUGUAGCAUAUGUUUAUGCUCCUGCACUUCUUGUGACUCCACUUGGUGCAUUGAGUAUAAUAGUUAGUGCUGUUUUAGCACACUUUAUGUUGAAGGAACGGCUACAACGGUUAGGUAUACUGGGAUGCAUUUCAUGCAUUGUAGGCUCCGUAGUAAUUGUUAUCCAUGCUCCUCAGGAGCGUAUGCCAACUUCUGUACAAGAAAUCUGGAAUUUGGCAACACAACCAGCAUUUUUAAUUUAUGUUGCAUUGGCAUUGUCAAUUGUGCUCGCAUUGAUAUUGCAUUUUGAGCCUCGCUAUGGUCAAACAAACUUACUGGUUUACUUGGGCAUCUGUUCCUUAAUGGGUUCACUUACGGUUGUUUGCAUAAAAGCCAUUGGAAUCGCAAUAGAACUCACUCUUGAAGGAAUCAGUCAAAUUGCAUAUCCUCAGACUUGGUUAUUCCUUACAGUUACUGUGAUAUGUGUGAUCACACAGUUGAAUUACCUCAACAAGGCACUUGAUACAUUCAGUGCAGCGAUUGUUUCACCGGUAUAUUAUGUGAUGUUUACUACCCUGACCAUUGUUGCAAGUGCCAUAAUGUUCAAGGACUGGGCUGGUCAGGAUGCAAGCAGCAUAGCUUCUGAGAUAUGUGGAUUCAUCACUGUGCUCUCUGGAACAACAAUACUUCAUGUUACUAGAGAACAGGAACCAACAAAUGUUCCAGGAACAUGGUAUGAUGAAGAGCAGAUGAAGGAUAUGGAGGAAGCACAUUUUAUGGCAUUGCAUAAUCCGGACUAUUUUUCAACAGAUAUUGGAUAUACAACUUCGCAGGAUUAGACAGUUCAUCUGUGUUGCUCAAGUUGUUGAGGCUUCAGGAGGUGGUCACCUGGUGUUGUCUAUUUGGUGUACAUUCCUUGAAGAAAGUCUUUAUCUACUGGCAGCAAUGGUUUUGAACAUGAUCUUGUGGAAUCUGGUAUUUGUUUGUGAGGUUUAGACAGAUAUGAAUAGAUAUUUUCUUCCAAAGUUGGGUUUGUUUAUUUCUUGCAUAUUGCAACAUCUAUCAUAUCACCGAUUGGCUUGAAA